ACGUUUCAGCGUCCGUCGGGGAAGCAGUUGACAACAGCCGCCAAGAGCAGGCCGAAGUGGGCAAACAAAACAAACAAGGAAGAAAAGGCGAAAUUACUCCAAAGUUUGACUUUGCUGAAUAAAUUUAGAAUGUUUAACUUUAUUCUCAAGCAGUUCGAAGUCCGUUGAGCGUGGAAGUAGUUAGCAAAGAGAGGGCGUGCACCUGUCGAAGAUAAAUAGGUUAACGAAGCUAACGUCUGCUAGCACGUUAGCAAGCUAGCUGGCUCGCUUGGCUCAGGUUGGGUAGCUUGUUUUCCAGACAUGUCGUCCCCCUCCUCCUCCAGGCGCCAAUGGUGCUAUCUGUGCGACCUGCCAAAGAUGCCGUGGACUGUGGUAUGGGACUUCAGCGAGGUCGUCUGCCGUGGCUGCGUGAACUACGAGGGAGCUAACCAGAUUGAAUUCCUGAUCGCGAGCGCCCGACAGUUAAAACGGACACACGGGAUGCAGGAUGGAAACGUCAGGUCACCUGGUCCAUCUCCAAAUAAACACGGCACAUCUGGGCGAGGAGAGGGGGCUGCUGACGGAGGUAGGCCACACACAGACCGAUUUGAGCGGGGAGGAAGAGGAGAAGGUACAGGCUCAACGAUACGUGUGCCGCCGAAUGGGCUGCACCGUGACGGCCAGCCGCCUCCAGAAGUGAACCGUCAGAGUCCCAGCGGCAGCCGGAGACCUAUGCUAGGAGCUGCCAUCCCUCCUAAUCUAGUGACUCAAAGCAUUGCAGGGAUUCCUCAUGGGCUUCUUGCAGGCAUGCCUGCGGGUCUGACUGCCCGGACAGCCCCCAUGAGUAACCCUAUGAUCUUCCCUGCCCCUGUGCUGGCAGAGAUGAGCCGUAGACAGUUGGGUAUAGGGAUGGGGAUAGCCCCCUUCAUCACUCCAGAGCUGGAGCGAGAGCUCAGUUCAUCCCAGAACCAGCCUAAAAUACAGUCGCAGGUUCACACUGCUGUGGCUGGAAGCAGCGCCAGCAAAAGUUCGGGCCUGCCUUCUUCAUCCUCGUCUAUGGCUGGAGGUGUCAGCCAGACAAGCCCCAAACCUGCCUCCUCUCCAGCCAGGCAGCCACGCCCCCCCACAGCCAGAUCUGGAGGUGAGCCCCUGGGAUCCAGCAACUCUGCAGAGGCAGCAACCACUGCUGCAGCAUUACCCCACAGUGGUGCCUCAGAGCUGGGAUCUGCAUCUGCCAGCAACACCCAUUCAACGGGGAACACGCUUUCCUGCACCUUGUGUCAUGAGAGGCUCGAGGACACACACUUUGUUCAAUGUCCAUCAGUGCCAGGGCACAGGUUCUGCUUCCCCUGCACCAGAGUGUACAUCCAGAGCCGGCGGGGAGAUGGCGAGGUGUACUGCCCCAGCGGAGAGCGCUGUCCGUUGGAUAACUCUCCCAACAGUCCCCCUUGGGCCUUCAUGCAGGGUGAGGUCUCUACCAUAUUGGGCACAGGUGGGGCAGGUGCUGCACCAGCUCCUGCAUCUGCAUCUGGAGCUGGGAGCGGGCCUGGACCUGGACCCGGACCUGGACCUGGACCUGGAGCUGCAGGAGCAUCUGCUUCAGGGGCCGGGACUGGACCUGCAGGUGGAGGCGGAUCGUCGAGUGGAGAUGUCACUGUCAAGAAAGAGAGAGAAACGUGAUGAGGAUUUUUAUGGAAACCAGGACCCAACACAGCAACAGAGUCGUGUCACACAUCAGAAGGAGACAUCUGCACUGGACUGCGGCGAGAUCCAGAAGAGAAGCGACAAAGUGAUACACAGCUCAGAAAACCUCCAUUACACAGGUCUUUACUCACAGCGCCCAAUCUCAGUAACAUAAUCAGACCUCACCAGAUAUUUGACUAAUGUUGCAAAGACUGCCUUCACACGUCAUCUAUUCUUUUCUUUACUCUGCAAAAGUUUUUAUAUGUAUUAUGAAUGUGAUAACUUAUCCAUUAAUCAAACCACAUUUCCUCUCAUGCUCCAGCAACAAGCAGAGUUUUUUGUAAAAUAACGCCACAGUCAGAGAUUGACAAUCACUUAACAGCUGAACUGUGGCUACUUUUUGUGAAGUUCUGUACAGUUGAACAACUGAUAAGCCCCAAAAUGAGCUCAACAAGCUGGCUACUGUGUGUAGCUGGAAAUAAAUCUGCUAAAGUAAAGAAAACUUUCCUUGGAGUUACAGUUCUACUUUUCUGUGUACAAAAAUGACACCACUAUUAAAUACUAAUGAAAUAUCAGUCACAUGGCAACUUGAACAUGCACCUUAAGAUACCACCAGUGCCACUGAAAUGUCUCUGUAUGGUCACCAGUGUAUUCACAGAAAAUGGGCCUUUCUUGCUUUGGGAAGUUUACAUAUCUGCCAGUGUUAGCGUGUUAGCAGAAUUCUUUUAAAUGAUCUGAACUCUCAGAAAGUAGCCACAGUCCAGCGUUGAUUUUCACUGUAUCGUUGAUGUUGUGUCAGCACCAGAAAGCACAAGAGUUUGUUUUAAAACCUCCAACAAGUUUAAAAUAUGAAACCAUAGCCACGGUUGGCUGCACACAGAGGUCAGAUAUCCCACUGUUCAUGAUUAAACCCAGCCUGGUCUGAAAUGAAAGAUUUGGUAGUCAACCAUCUGACAGAAUGCCAAAUUAAAUUUCUGCUUUAAAAAUCAAAUUUAUAUUUACAACUGACAGAAAAUGUCGACUUAUAACGACAGCGUGUACCUGAAAUUUCCAAGACAUGUUUUUGUUGUUCCUGACUGAAUCUGUGUCCUGGUACACAUCUGAUUUUUUUUCAUGACAUUGGUUCAAACUUUACUGAAACACCAGAGCAGGCAAAACCAACAGGAGAUGUGGACUUAAUGCCAGUGGUGACAUUUCUCUGUGUGUCCUUGUUUUUUUUGUUCUUGAUAGCUUCACACGAAGCUGGCUUUGACUCAGAGAAAAAAAAUCAUUCAGUGAAUCUGUCAACCAGCCACAGACUCUCUGUGUUUAACUGUAUUUAAAUGUUGCUUUCAUACAAGAUCCAGCCCAGCCUACGCUUUACCACGAAUGUAUAUGAAAAGAUAUCUAUGAUAGGCCUAGGACUAUAUUUUAUACUAGAAUGUUAAAUGUUAUAUACUCUAUAGAUCUAUUAUAGUAUGUACGUGCAAUCCUUCGUCAUAGUAUAUGCAACAAUUUGGAAAAUGUAAUUAAAAGCAUUUGUGUAUCAUUUCUUAACCCUUUGUUUUCUAAAGUGAGAAUCCACUCAAAAGCAGAAAUGUUCACCUGUCAUCCUGAAAAGUUUAGCGUUUACAGAUUAGAUUUCCUAAAUUGGAGCAAGCUCCUUUUUAAGUGACACCUUGGAAAGGUUGAUAGCAGCUCUGAAAUCACCAACGCUGCAGUGAAAUUAGUUUGGUAGAUAAAUCAGUGUCAUUGCUUCUAAGAUUUGCUCUCUAUUUAUUAUCUGUAGUUAUCUUUAACUGCACAUCAUCCAGAGAGGCUCCACAUACUUCCUUUGUCUGUCAGUACGUUUACAUGAAGUUAGAAGUCAAGUUAUUGCGUUAGUCUAAAACUGGGCUUAAGAAUGCAUGUAAGCAUGUUAGCCUUAUUAAAAUAGAACUAGUUUAAAUUUCUCAAAGUCAGGCUAACACUUCAAGAGACGGAGAUGGAUUGACUUUACAUGAAUACACCUCAUUUGGACCCAAAUCAGACAAGGUGUUCUGCACAUGCUCCACAGUCCUCAAGAGGGUUUGAGAAGUUUAAAAGAACAAACACCAAGUCGGGCUGGGCAAUUAAUCAAAAUCUAGUUUAAAUUGCAUUAAGGCCUACUGCAACUUCUAAAUCACAGAAGGUGCAAUAUUUGUUUAACCUGAAAUGUGUGCCAGAAUAUCAGUUAGAUACAUAUGUUGCAGCAGAUGUUAUGCUCUACAUACUGUGCAAACAUUCAAGUUUCAAUUUCUAAGAAUAGUUUGCAGAAAAUCCUGCUUUACUUGUUUUUGCGUGUUUUUCUCAAUCAAAAGGAGAAUGGCAAGGAAAUGAUGACCACCUUGAUAGUGAUAAUUACAAAUAUUAAAAUCCAUCCAAUGUGAAUCAAAAUAAUCCCAGUAAAAUAUUUUUCAGAACCGUUCAGCCCUUGUUUAAUCUGUCUUAUCUGUGUUUGUCAUAACAGCAGGAUUUAUUGCUGUGUUUUGUCGAAAAAUACAUAAGAUGAGUAACCCUAGGAAAAAAAAUGAAUGAAAGAAACAAUUGCAAUUAUAUUAUUUUCCCAAAUUGUUCAGAAGAAAUGCUACAUAGGGCUAAAUGAUAUUGGAAAAAUUUACAUUGCAAAAUUUAUUCGCAUUUCUUUUAAUUAAAAAGGAAACUAAUCAAGAUCAAUGUAUUUCCUUUUAUGUAUAAUAAUUUGAACCCAAAUAUUAUAUAUUUUUUGUACCUGGAUCUUCUAAGUCCUCUUGUAGAUUUCAGAUAUACAGUGGGUCAGCCCUCUGACAGCAGCUCUGACACUUGCACAAAGAGGAGAGAUAGAGCAGGUGGACAGAGAGACUCGUUUCUUAAUAAACUUUAUAGAUAAACUCAUUAUUGUGUAACCGUAGAUUCAGUGUAACGUUUAGUCCUCAUGAUCAUUAGUGUGACUGAUGAUUUAACAAAAGCUCACUUUGUUUAGCAGAGAUUCUCCCACACUGUAGUGCAGAGCUGCAGCUGAAAAGUAAACAAUAGUAUGUCCAUGCUGUAAACAAAGCAUAUAUCAGUGAGCACCAGGACAGGGCACUGCAUAGAGCGAGAAUCCCCUCACCUAGGAUUGGACUCGUGUAAGUGAAGGUUUACUUCAAGCGUCAUCAGGUGUAAGCCUCACCAUUAGCAUGCAGGAGACACACAGGCUGCCAUGUGACUACUGCACACAUCGCCACCAUUGUUGAAAAACAAUAUUCAGUUCAGCCCCAAGUCUAAACAUAGCAGGAACUCUGUUGCCUGCCUUCAAAUAUCACCAAAGGAAAGCAGUAUGGCAUCUGUUUCAUUUGUAAAAACAAAAAGUUAAGCAGUAUGUCUGAAAUGUGCAGAGCUUUGAAGUUUUUCCAUAUUUUUACAUGCUUGCCGCAUGCUAUCUUGUUAGAAUUGUCAAAAGGAAGAAGGUCCAUCUUAGCUGAAAAAGGCAGUAUCUCCAUCUUUGUAGCAGAGGCAGACAUGCUAGUGUCAAUAAUUCAUUUUCCAAUUGUGCAUGUGUGCAGGGACAAGUACAGUAGUCCAGUUAAAAUGUAUGAUCAAGCUCUAACCAUAGCUUGGUUUUCUAUAAAUGUAAACGUAUUGAGUGAGCAGGACUUUUAAAAAAGAAAAACAUUAUUUAAUGUAAAAAAAAAAUCACUCUUUUUACAUACACAAAUGUAAAUAUGGUAUAAUGACCACAAAGAUGAGGACAGACAUUUCAAAAACCUACAACUAAAUUUAAGCGAGGUCCUAGGAUUGAAAUGAACAGGUGUGCUAUGUGAGAUGAUUCCAGUGAUGGGAAGCAAAGGAGUGAAUUUCAAGCUAAGACUGAAGUUCAACAUUUUAAUACACACAUAUUCAGGUCUUGAUUUUUGGGUGGAUUCUUCCUUUAUGUGCAGUUUGUACUCCUCAGUACAGAUGCACAGACAAACCAAAGGUAAAUUUAUGCCCAACUGAUGUUUCUGGAUGUAAAUGUUUUAUUAAAAAUAUAUAUUGCUAUAUUUCUUGGCCAGGUCUAAACUGGCUUUCUUCAUUAAACAGUUACAGGAAACAGGCCCACGCGGUCUACUGUACUUCUGGGAUGUUGCUUAUAAAAGUCUAUCGUAUUUAGCUUCUCUAUAUGAAGAACAUCCCUCAGAUCAGGUCUGUUAUAAAGAAAUCUCCUCGAAGAAGUGGAAUUUGAGUUGAAUAUGCACUGAUACAUCAUGCAAUCCCUUGUUAAGUGCCUUUUUCAAAUGUUUACCGUCUGUUUGUGUGUCUGGGAACCUCAGGGGAAGUAGGAGUGCAAUGGCUUUUUUAUUGUUCAGUCAAUGAUUAACCUGAAUCUGUUUCCCUUCUGUCGCCAUCAGACGGCUUUGCUUUUAUCUCAAGCUUUUGUAAAGUCGGCUUUCCGUUCAUUGUUUGAUACGCGCUCUCCCUGCAUCGCGCUGAGUUUUCCUUCAUUCAUGUGUCUGUUUUUAGACUUGUUGGUUUUAUUGCAGCUUCAUGUACAAAAUAGAAACCAGGAAUAAAAUGGGAUGGAAACUUGUAA